AUGACAGCAACUCUUUUCGAAGAGUACGUUCGCGCCGUCGAUAACAAGAUGGCCAAGAAAAACAGGAAAGUCCUGUUCAUUGUGGACAAUUGCCCAGGCCACGGCAAAAUUGACAACUUGCAAGCAGUGACAGUAGAGUUUCUGCCGGCAAAUAUGACCUCUGUGCUGCAGCCGAUGGAUCAAGGUGUGAUUGAAGUUGCCCGCAAAAUCUACCGAAAGAGCCUGCUGCAUCGAAUUUUAUUGUCGUACGAAAACGGCAAGGGCUAUGAAAUUGACCUGCUGGGAGCAGUACAUCUCCUCAGCAGCGCUUGGCAGCAAGUUCGCGCAGCGGCUAUCGCCAACUGCUUCGCGCACGCGGGGUUUACACGUGCCGCCAGUUUGCCAGAGGCGGAGACAGACGACUUCACGGACUGUGAGGAACUCUGUCAAGAUGUCAUGAAGCUCACCGGCGAUGGUGCCACCGACGGUGACGUGACCUUUCACGAGUACGCGCUGUGCGAGCAGGAUGUGCCGGUGACAGGAGAAAUGACGGACGCCGAAAUUGUUGAAAUGGCUACAAAUGGAGGGGACGACGGAGACGAUGGCGACGACGACGAACCACCUCGAGAGGUGCCAUCAUCUGCCGAAACAAGGAAUUUGCUGCGCUUGCUGCGAAAUAAGGUUGAGUGCAGCGGUGGGGAAGAUCGACUCAUGCGAUGCGUCAAGCAGCUAGAGGACGCCUUCCUUGGCCCAAGUGCGACCGCAAAGCAGACCAGCAUUCGGCAGUUCUUCUCUGCUCAAUAA